AUGGCUUCCAAACUCUCAGUUGUUCCCAUUACUGAUAUUCCUUUGUCGGGCCGACAAUUCCCAAGACCUCCUGAAAGAAUUCCUCAUUUUUCUCUUCUGUCGCUUCAUUCUUUUUCUGAGUAUCGUUGCUCUAGGCUCAAGUCAAGCUCUAGAAGAAGACUAUCAUCAACAGUUUGUAGUGCUGUUAAAGAAGAACUUAUUCAAUCUCCAAGUUCAGACUCAACCCAAGACCCCAAAACUUCCACUCCAUCUUCUAAGCUUGUUCUUGUUGUCGGUGGCAGUGGUGGUGUCG